CGAGCGCGUUUGUUCGGCGAGGUUAGUGCACCGUCGAUCGCUCCAACGCGAGAGGCUUUACUUUAGUAUCCUGCACGCCGUCGUCGAGAAAAGCCGACCGCAACUUGGCUCGACUUAAGUCUGAUUGCAUUUCCAUUCGCUGCGCAUACUUUCGCAAAUAAUUUUAAAUCAAAUACAAUUUCCGGUGUUGUGCGAAAUUAAUUAAAAUUUGGCCAAGGCGUGUUUAGGAGAGAAAGAGAACAAAAUUGCUACACAAAAAAAAUCAGUGCGCGUGUGUGCCCAUUUCCUCAGACAAGUAGAAAAUUGUCGAACGAUAUAUAUUUACCGCAAGACAUCGCGCGACUCGCCGUCCGCGGUCGGUGGCAUCGCGCAUUCUGUACGCGUGAAAGUUUUUCGAAUGCGCACGGGCCUCACGGUUGCGCUCGCUGCUGCUGGUCUAGGAUCGAAAAUAAUGUCCUGCAACGAGUCGACGACUCGCCGCCGUUAAAAGCCAAUUGCACAAUUCCCGCGUGCGCGGCUGGCCAUUUUGUGCCUGUUUGACCGUAAUUAUCAAUUCGAAAGAAAGAGACGCACGCGUACGCACGCCUGCAUUACUCAACGCAACGCAAGUAAACCGGAAGUGGGGACCUAAAGUUACGCGUACUCGUAUUAUGUGCACACGAUGAAUUCGGAAGUGCUGCACGUCGUCCACGAAAAGGAUCCGUGGAUUGUUGAAGAGGAACCGGCAUGGUUUGUUGUUGAACAAGAAGUGGCGAUUACCGCCGAUGGUGGCGGCAUUCACGACAAGAAAGCUCGACGUAAAUCAUGGCAUGCCAUCAAGUUUGAACGGAAACGUAAAAAGGGUGUCGUUGAGUCUUCCACACCGCCGGAAGCACGCCAAAAACGUCCUUCUUGGUGGAAUAUUUUUGCUAAUCAACAAUGGCCUAGGUCACGCCGAGCUUCUCAAGAUGUUGGUCCGGUAACCAAAAAUCACAACGAAUUUCCAUGGACUAGGAGUAAAAGCAGGAGUGUGGACCACGGCAUUACUUCGCCAUUUGAUUUGGAGGCGUUGAGGGCCAAAGUCGAUGGACAGUUGGAUAAAUCAUUGAGCAAAGAUGCUGAUGGCUCCAGCAAUAGCCUUGCAGAGAAGAAGAGAACUGGACCCCCUGAGAAUACUACAACAUAUAUAGUUGCUGAUAGAGAUACACUGACUUCAUUGGCUGCUAGAUUUGAUACUACUCCAUCAGAACUGACCAAAUUGAAUCGUUUAGGCACUCCAUACAUUUUCCCUGGGCAACAAUUGUUUGUACCUGUCCGCGUCCCAGUUGAUAAUGAUUCAGACGCAUCCACACCUAUUGAAGAGUCACAUGAUGAGCUCCCAGCUGAUGAGAAAGAGCUCCUCGACAAUCUGCGACCGGUAAGCCCCAAGCCAGGCCAUGUGGAGCGAAUACGGACGCCUUCCGGCCCGACUGACAUCAUCGCUGAGGAGGAAUCAGCAAUCUACAAGCGUUUUCUCAAGAUCAACGUACGACAUAUCACUGAUGGACAGGGCGUUGUAUCUGGCGUGUUGUUGGUUACGCCAAACGCGGUUAUGUUUGACCCCAACGUGUCCGACCCACUCGUUAUCGAGCAUGGUCCGGAGGCGUAUGGCGUUAUCGCACCGAUGGAAUUUGUUGUUAACGCCGCCAUUUACAACGAUAUUGCUCACAUGAGAGUGGGCCAUAUCGAACAGAGCGGUGGCGACAAACCCGAAAUAUACUAUCCUAAAAAUGAGAAGAGCACCACUGAUUCCUUGCUGGUUAAGGAUGAAACCUUUCCCGAGCUGGUCACCGCGGAUGAUGCAGAAUCAAUUUGUUCCUGCACUGAGCGCGAGGGUGACGCAUUUCCAAAGGCAUUCGAGCGUGAUCUUGUCACGCCGACCAAUCUGGACGAUUCGGAAAACCUGACAGUGCAACGUACUGCUGAGGAGCGACGCAAAUCGUUACUCGACCACCACUGGGCAAUUCCUUCGCGCGACCGAGCUUCUAUGGACACGGACGAGCUGUUGCCCUUGUCCGCAUCUCCAGCGCCUCCCAGUAACAACGACGAGGACGAAGACAGCCUGACGAAGCAGAGCUGCCACGAUUCAGGCAUUGACAUCCGGGACACCAGCAUGCCUCCGGUCGUCGCUAUGCCGACGAAGAAACCUUUAACUCAGGUAUACAGUGAUGCGGAUGUUAUUUUAUCAAAUGAUUGGGUACCACCGCUCACAAUAGCGCCAACACACGUGACCAAUACGGAGUCUACGGAUAGUCCCGGACGCAAAAAAACUAAUUCGGUUUCGUUCAGUUUGGACUCCAGCUCUGAGGCAGAUCAGAGUUCCGCUUGUCUCUCUAGCAGUGCCACUGAUAAAGACGAGCUUGAUAAAGGAGGAGAAAGUCGGAAGAAUAAAAUGUUGAAACGACUGUCAUAUCCUCUCUCCUGGAUGGAGACGUUGGCAGGCGAAGGCAGCAAGGACGAACCAGAAAAAACGCCGCAUCCUCAUUCGGCUGACGUACAUCACUCAUCGUCAGUCUUCUCAAAAGUCUUUUCUAGUUCGCCAAUCAACUUGGUGGAUUUUGGUACUGGUCUAUUCUUGAGCAAAACACCCUCCGAGGAGAGCGGUGGAUCGGGCGGGCCGCACUCCGGCGGCAGCGGAGGUCCGCCGAUGACGCCGGCGACCGCCGCCACCGACUCUCCACACACGGACUCCUCUAGCUUCUUUCCGACUAACAUAAUAAGCUCGAUGGGUGCCAGCGUCGGCGCUAUGGGUGCUCAGGUAGGGGCCUCGGUCGGCGCGACCGUCGGUGCUGUCGGCGAGGCGGUCGGCGCUUCGGUGAAUGCCGUCGGAGGCGCCGUCAACGCUGUUGGUGCCACUGUUGGUGCCGUGGGGCGUUCAUCGGUGGGGACCUUUAUCAGGCAGCCGACGGAGAGUGGCAGCAAGGGUUCCAAGGCGCCGCCACCGAAAUUAGAUUACAGGUCAAUGGUAUCAGUAGAUGACAUGCCCGAGUUGUUUGUCUCGUUUGAAAAAUUGAUUCCAAGGCCAGCAAGGUCGUGUGAGGACCCGCCGCUAUAUCUUCGUUUGCGAAUGGGCAAGCCCAUAGACAAGCCGAUUCCGCGCUCAACGCCGCUGAUGUCCUACGGCAAGAAACGGAUGCGGCCAGAAUAUUGGUUUAGCGUGCCGAAAAACAAGGUCGACGAACUCUUCAAUUUCGUACAGGCCUGGGUUCCGUAUUUAUACGGCGAAUUAAACGAGGAGCAUGUACGUGGUAGGGGUUUCUCGCUGGUGGAACCCGACACAGAACUGUGGAGCGACGAGCCAACACCGUCGGCCAGCCGGCACGGCAGCCAGGAUGGCGAAAUCACCGAACUUACCAAAGAAAGUUGGGAGCUGAUCAAGGCGCCAUACGUUAAGAUCUACAGCAUCAUCAAGACGCAGACGAUGUCGGCGGAUGGGAACGAUGAGGUGUUACCCAUGUCCGAAGAGUUUCGGCGUGCGCUGUAUGCGUCUGCCAAUCCACCCCUGGACGUUGAGCUUACCCCACCGGAUCUCGUUGGAAAUACCGAGGUACUCACCUAUGAGCACCGAGAGUCACUAUGUAAACAUUUGCCGGCACGCGCCGAGGGCUAUGUUUGGACCCUGGUAUUCAGCACUAGUUCCCACGGCUUCUCGUUGAAUUCGAUGUAUAGGAAGAUGCACAAAUUAGAAUCGCCCAUACUACUUGUGAUUCAAGAUACAGACAAUAACGUAUUUGGUGCUUUAACAUCUUGCGCAUUGCAAGUUUCUGAUCACUUUUACGGUACUGGAGAAUCGUUGUUAUUCAGAUUCAGCCCAGAGUUUCAAGUGUACAACUGGACCGGUGAGAAUCUGUAUUUCAUCAAGGGAAACAACGAGAGCUUGAGUAUCGGCGCUGGAGAUGGCAAGUUCGGUUUGUGGUUGGAUGGCGAUUUAUAUCAGGGCAGGUCCGAGUCAUGCAAGACUUAUGGCAAUGAUCCGCUCACCCCAAACGUAGACUUCGUCGUGAAGACUUUGGAAUGUUGGGCAUUCGUUUAAAGUAAUUUAUAAUUCCUGAUAGCUGAACGCUAAGUGUGGCAAUCUGGUAAGGGCAGGUAUACGACAUCAAAACGUCACAAAGCCGUUUGACAUAAAAGAAAUCAAUGCGAUCAAUGGACGCUGGGCUGCAUUGUGUUAGUUUGUUGGGGCGUUUGCUGUCUCACGCAAAUUGAAUUGAUCAAACAAACGCUUUAUUAUUUAUUGUUAUAAAUUUGUUAUGAAUACAAAAUCAGCAACACAAUUGAUACAAUUGCUUAUACUUAUAGUCAUUGUCGAUACGUUCACUUAGUGUUUUGGCGGUUAAAAUUGUGAGGCGGGGUGAGGCGACUUGAUGAGUGAACGCUCUUAGAUUAUCGAUAAAAUUGUUGCGUAGGACUAAUCAUCUGGUCAAAUAAUAAUUGAAAAUAUAAAAAUAGUCAUUCUAUGUUGCUUCUUGCUUACAACGAAUGACCACACUAGGAAACAAGCUCCCUUUAUUUAUUGUUAGCUCUCAGCCCGGAGAUUGUGUUGUAGCAAUUUGCCGUACGAAGAAAGGCUGUAGUGUCUGUCGUGUCAAUUAGAUGCGUAGUUAUAACGCAUAUCAGUUGUCAAUUUCAAGAUAAAACCUAACAAAGCAAACACGGACUGUGGGGGAGAUUGAAUUACAACAUACACAAAUGAUACAAAUUUGAAACCUUUAUGCAGGGCAUUGGCUACAAAGAGUUACAUACUUACAUAUGUAGUUAAGAAGGUAGGUUUAAUGUAAGGCAGGUGGUGAUAGCGUACAGUGCAGUUUGCUUGAUCACUGUGGGAAAAUUGAUUAGAAAAUAUUUAUUUUUGCAUGUUGAUGCCACAUCAUUCACCAAUUAAUGUUUUGUGAUAUUUGAAUUGGCUCCGCGCGACCCGUGUGUCUACACACCUACAAUUAGCAUAACGGAUAAGCUAUAUUUAAAGUGUUAUUGCAGAUCAGACGUUGUUAAAGUAAAAAAAAAAAGUGAUGUUAUCUCAUUCGCAAACCAACAACUGUACGUUAUGUGAUAGAUGUUGAUGUAGAUGCCCUGUAAUGUACAUGUUUAGAGGCUGUUAUGCGGUUCGAAAAUUUCUCCAUGCGACAUGAUUGAAUGUAUUCUGAGCAAGUUCUGCUGAUGGAAUGAUGAACCAAUUAGAAUUAACAAUACUAUUUAAACAAAAAUACAUACCAUCAUAAACUAUGUAUAUCGAAAAUUGCAUUAAAAUAGAACUAAAUAUUAAUGCAUAAAUAACAAAUUAAAUGUAUAUUUUUUGUAAUGUAAUGUAACGUUCGAGCGCUUGUUCUUUGCGAAUGAUGAAAUGUGGAGAGAUGGAGAACCGUAAAUAUUUAUUAGGAAUUAGGUUGAUGUCUAUAAGUUGUGUACUAUAACGUUUAUCUAGUUAUCUAUCUGUAUAAAUAUUGUAUAUAAUGAUGAUUAUUAAUCAAA